CUAUAAAAGCCUGAACCUCCUCGCUGCCCUUUGCAAGAGAUUGUUAUGUUGUAACAAUUGAUCAGCAUUUAUAUUUGAUUAAGAUGGGGCUGUUCCUUCAGAUGUUGAUGGUUUUAGUGAUGAUGGCUUCCGUGCAAGGAUGGCUGCCUCUUGGUUGCUUGGGGGAAGAGAGAAUCGCUCUGUUGCACCUCAAAGAUGCUCUUAACUAUCCCAAUGGCACAUCCCUACCCUCCUGGAUAAAAGGCCACGCCCACUGUUGUGAUUGGGAAAGUAUUAUCUGCAGCAGCAGUACAGGUCGAGUCACCGCACUCGUUCUGACAGCACAAGGAAUCAGGAACUGGGAGAUUGGUCCUUAAAUGCCUCUUUGUUUCUUCCUUUCCAAGAACUCAACGCUCUUUACUUUGUCAGAUAAUCGUAUAGCUGGUUGGGUUAAGAACAAAUUAAGGUAUCUUCCUCCUUAUACUUCUUUCCUCCCAAUAAAAGAUGACGAAGAAAUAUAUAAGAAGAAAAGAAACAGAAGGGGAAAGCUUUUGGAGAAUAUACUGUUCUCUCAACUAUCAUAUUUAGCUAUUUUCAUCAUCCUUGUAUGCAUCACAGAGAGGCAAAAACUGAAGGAAGAUCCUCUCAAUUUCAAUGUUUUGAAUAUUGUGGUUGAAGUAGUCAGUGCAUAUGGAAGUGUAGGGUUUACAACAGGCUACAGUUGUGACAGGCAAACACAACCUAAUAGUAAUUGUGUGAACAAAUUUUAUGGAUUCUCAGGGAAAUGGAGUGAUGAGGGGAAGAUUAUUCUCAUAGUGGUGAUGGUGUUUGGAAGACUUAAGAAGUUCAAUAUGGAUGGUGGCAGAGCUUGGAAACUCUUGUGAUCAUGGAGACAUGGAAAUAUCAGCAAUAUAUAUAGUGUGGCGCCAUGCAUGUUUAUGUAUAUAAUUAAUUAGUCCUCGAAGAGGCAUAAUUAUUCUUCUCUUCUUUCUUUAGGAGAGAGCAGGUAUUCAACAAAGCACAUAAUAUAAAAAUGAAGCAAUUAUUUAGUGUUUUUAA